CUCCGUAUUUCGUAUCUCUCCUCAGCUCUAGCACCCAAAGCAACAAGGAGAUAUCGUCUCCAAUAUCUCGGAGGAGGACGAGCCAAGAAGAUGGCGGACCCUUUCGAGGUUCGCAUGCGCUUCUCUGCGCAGCUGCAGCACCUCAAUGCGUCUGUGGUCUCCCUGCAAAAGGCAGCCAGCUAUGCUCUCAAGUACAAGGACAUGGAUGAGGAUUUGCACUCGUGCAUCCUCGAGCAGCUCGAGAGGACAAACAUGAACACUCGCGCCAAUAUCAUGUUCUUCAUUGAGCAUUUUAUGGAGAUGGCGUGGAAGGAGAACCAUACCAACUACAUCGACAUGCUUCAGCGGGACAUUAUCCGAGUUGUUGAUGCCGUUGCUCCGGACAAUGAAUCGGGUGCUGCGAAUGUCAAAGUCGUCCGCCUGGUUCUGCAAAACCUCCAAGUGAAAAGGUUCCUCGACGCACACGUCGUCACCGACAUCGAGGAGGUCCUCAAGGAACGCGAGACGAGCGCCCACGAUGCCGGCCUCUCCUCCCCCGUAGUCGACGAUCACGAUCUAGGCGAGAUGCCACCUAGUCAGGCCAUCCCCCACCCUGGUCGGCCGACGGCGCCGCGCCUCGACAAACGUCAGGUCGAGCAGCGCAUCGAGGAGGACAGGGAGCGGCAUAAGCGGCUUCGCGAGAGCAUCUGGCACGUUCCCGACCGGCAGACCGAGAUCGACCGCCUCUGGGAGGAGACCAGCGACCUCGGCGACGACGACCACUUGAUGGGCCGCGAGGAGUUUUUGGCGCGCGAGCAGGCUAUUGCGCAGCAGUGUCCUCACUACACGCCCCGGACCCUUGACGGGUUGUAUGGACGCGAGGGAAGGGAGGCUAACGGUCGAGGUGACAACUAGAUUCCCUUUUCCUUGCUUUCUUUCCCCUCUUUUCGCUCUUCCUCUUGUAUUUUACAUCUGUGGUUUGUUGGUCUCCCUGUACAUGUAUUAGUGAAGGCGUCAACGGAGUACGGAUGAUACCUGAUUUGUGACAAAACAUCAUUCGAAAAAGCGCGUUGGGUGGUCAUGGUGGGUUACGGGUUAUGGUGGUUAGAAUUCAAGGCAGUUACAACAAGAGCAAUAGUCCUCGUCCAACGAGUAUAGACGUGCUCCCUUUCAUCUUCCAGCAGCGGACAAUUGACAACGCGAAACAGUG